GGUAAUGAGCAGUAGCGUCUUUUUCAUCCGCCAGGCGCAGCAGCAGAAGAAGAAGGAGGCGGACUUUUUUGUCGGUAGUUGUUUCCCCAAACAUCCAGAGUCAUGGCUGCGACCAUUGAGAGUUUGCUGGAGGAAAUCUCCGCCGUUGAGGACCCGAUAGAGGAGCUGCAGAAUCUAAAAACAGCUUUAAUCUCGAUACCUAUCAGCGCUUUGAGAGACUCCGUGAGCGGGCAGCGUUUCAAUGUGAUUUUCUCGCUUUUAAACUCCAAUGACAGGUGGGUUUGGCUCAGUUCACUCUGUUAAACAAUCUGCUGAGUCAGUCUUAUGUCAAUAUUUGAUUAUAUAGACAUUCACUGUUAAUUUGAACGUAAAAUGAGCUCAGUAGAUGUGAAUUUUAAGGGGUAAGCUGGCGUGAAAAAGCCGCUUUUAUCAGCUUCAGUGGUAAGCUAGCUAACAGGCUACUAGUGAUGGGCACGACAUUUCUUUUACUUGUACUGAAUCACUAGAAUCAGUUCACUAAAAAGAGUCGUUUUAAAAGAUUCGUUUACCAAAUCACCGAAUCAUUUGGGACCAGGAGAUGAGAGUGUUUGGCUGUGUUGCUUUAGCAAACAGGUUUGUAAAAAUGAACUUGUUUAUAAGUCAUGAUGUUUUAAGUGUACUGUCCUAUGGUAUGCUAUUUAUCAGGUCUGCUUGUUAAAUUGGGGUCAGUGAAUGAUUUGUUCACUGAAUAUUUAUAAGAAUUCACACUGAACAUGAACUGUUUCUCACAAACCACUGCAAUGAUAGGAUGCUGCAGGUUUGAUGCACUACUUGUUACAUUUGCAAUUGUAUGCAAGUUGUUGAGUUGUCAAUUUAGUAGUGAAAAAGAGGGUAGUUUUGUCCGACAAAAAUGAUUCCAGAGAGUGUAGUUAAAUGCGUGAAUCGUUCACCAAGUGAUUCAGGCGUCGGUGCAUGUGGUCCCCUUGUUCGCCACCUGCUGUAGAGCAUGACACGGGAGCGGAUUUUCACUCCUGUCCUGUCCCACUCCCAGAAAAAAAGUCCCGUCCCGUCCCAAUCCCUGACAGGAGUAAAAAAGUUAAUCCUGUCCUGUCCCACUCCUGUAGAAUGACUCCCACUUCUAUUCCGCUCCCACUCAAAAUUACUCCCACUCCUGUCCCGCUCCCAUUUGAAUAAAACCAAACAUGUUGAAAAAACGUUGCAUUUUUUUUAUUUUAGGUAAAAGAGCAGUGCAUGAUAUGCAUAAAUAAAUAUACAUUUUUAGGUAAAAGUGGCAGCGGAGUCGGAGCCGCAGUCACUCCCAGGGACACCGGCUGCUGCUCUGAGUCACUUUUCACUUCCGGUGGAGACAGGAAGUCAAACCACUGUUGUAGUUCUUUUGUGUUGCUAGCGCGGUCAAGAGUGUUGGCUAUCACUGAGAGAUGACUACAAAAAUGGACACAUCUGUUCAUCUGGUUGUUUAACACGGCUGAAAAUGAUCAUCUAUUAAUGUUGUUCCUGCUCCUGCCCGCUCCCGUUGCUUUUUUUUCCCGUCGCGAUCACGGGAUUAAUUAAAAAAUGACUCGCAUCCCGUGGGAUUCCUGUGGGAAUCACGUGACUCAGGGGAAUUCCUGAAAAAUGUCAUCAUCUAAUCUGCUGGCCUGGCAAUGCUGUUUCCCACUUCAGCUCAAGUGAAGUGAAAAACGAACAAAUCACUCGAGGAAGUGAUUCGGUUCAGUACGUUCACUUAAAAGAUUUGGUUCUUUUGAACGAAUCGUUUGCAAACGACACAACACUACAGGCUACAGUAUAUAGUGAGGCGCAGAGGUGGGCUGGGUCUUUUUUAAAAUUUUUAAAUGGGUUUAAUGUUGAAACAACAAUAGUAGAAAUACUUACAAGACUGUUUUCGAUCCCAUCUGUGUCCACAGGGAGCAGGUUGAUCUGUGUGUCGACAUCCUUGAACGCAUCCUCAUGGCCCUCAGCCCUGUGAGUCUGGCCCAGAACUACAGAGUGGAGCUGCAGGGGGGUCUGAACCAUCCCAAUGCCACUGUCAAGAUACUGGCUUUAACACAGGUGAGCUGCUGGGAGAGAUACAGCACACAUACUAACACAUCGAGAAAUUAAACACAAUUUAAUUUCAGUCACUUAUUUUGUGUUUUCCUGUCAGAUUGGUAGAAUAGUUGAACACCCUGAUGCUGCGACUGAGGUCCUAAAUAACCAGGACAUCCUUCGAGCUGUGAUCAACUGCAUCGGAGAGGAGAAGAUGGCUGUGGCGAAACAGGUGAUUUCUGAAAUGUGAAGUAUCCUGCAUGCAUUCAAAAUGAAUCUACAGCGGUUACAGUAAUUUUUUCUCUAUGUAGGCGAUCCAGUCGUUGUGCAAACUGAGCCACUCCAAGCCCGGACUGGACAAGUUGUUCCAGGGUGACCUUCUGAAAGUUAUGAAGGAUGUGAUGGCCAAAAGUGACAUCAUCAGAUACAGAAUUUAUGAGGUGUGUUUGAAUGUUUUUCACUUUGGCAAAGUUUUUGGUUCAUGACCAGAGAUUGGGGGCUCAUGUUUAAGACUGACUGGGGUCACAUUUAAGUCAGACACUGUUGUGCCUCAAGACAUGACUUGGACUUGAGCUUUGGGACUUGUAGGCAUGACUUUAUAUUUUGUGUACUUGUCUUAAUAACAACAAUGUGACCACACCACAUCACCUACUGCUGCGAUGACACAGCUUCUUACACCAAGUCCAUAAUGACUUCAAAACCAAACUCAAAACAUACCUUUUUAGUCUUGCUUUUAACUAAAUUUUAUGUCAUAAACUUUAAGUGUUUUAGCAUUUAUCUCUUUCUAGUUUUAAUGACAGGAUUGUCCUUUGUUGAGUUAUUUUGGUGCUCUUAUUUUAGUGUCUUCAUUUCAUUUUAUUUAUUAUUUCUUAAAUUUCAUUCUAUGUUACUUUGCUUUUAGAUUUUAACCUAAACCUCCAGUGUUUCCUUAUCUUGAGUUUUAAAAUGGUGUUUCCUCAGUGCGCACAUUCCUGUUUCCACGAAAUCAAGCCCCUUUUAGGUUAAUACAUUUUAAUACUGUUUCUGCUGUGUUUAGAUUGUGGUGUUGGAAUGAGGGGUUGAGCUGGAGCAGUUUUGGGUAUUCUUUGUUUCUUUUAUUCCUUAUUCUAAUAAAGACUGAUUGAUUGAUAAAUAAUCAUAUCAAUAAAAAGUAGGGGUUACUGGAAAAGACCACCCCUACCUGAUACCAACCCUAUCUGCUGUUUGAGAUAUUGCAAAUAUUGGUUCAAAGAAUUCGUCAGUUUCGUCACUCAUGAUCUUGUUGGGUUUUGAAAGUAGUCUGUUUUGUUUCAGUUUUAUAACCAGGUGAAAAACUCUUGAAGCAUCAAGGCCGCUUGUGAAUUUAGCCUCGUCAAACCCUUAUUGCCUGUAGUCCACUGCAGAUUGGCGUAAAUCAUACACUUGGAGGCGGAUGAAUGACUGAUCAACUUUCAUUGAAUUUUUUUUCCCUUGGUGUUAUUACUUUUUCUUUUUACAUGAUUAUCCUGCAGUCAUCAAGCUGACACUAUAAUAAGAUGGAAAAUUGCUCCACAUCUCUCCAUGCAGGCUAAUUUUAAUCUGUUCCCUUGGAAACAGCUAAAUUACCAAAUGGGAAAAAACAAGUUCGAUGCCAAAUGCAGGACUUCUCUAUUGUGUACGGAUCAAGGCUUGUUUUUUUUUUUGACAUAGUUUAUAAAAUGUUCACAUGCUUCUGUAGUCCAUGAACACAUGGAAUAAUACAAAAUGACUUUUCUUGCCCUUUGCAGCUGGUGGUGGAAAUCUCGUCUGUUUCUCCCAUUUCCUUGGGUUACUGCGCCAACAGCAGCUUCAUCUCUCAGCUGAUUGGAGAGCUGACAGGAGAUGAUGUGCUGAUCAGGUAAUGAACUGAUUCACCUUUAAAACACAGAGGGAGAGAGAGAGAGAGGUUAUGAGGGAACAAGUAAAUGAAGAGGUGUAAAUUUUCUGCUCUGAAACUGUUGCUCUGAGUUAUAAAUGUUGUAUUUUUCCUCCAGAGCCACAGCCAUCGAGAUGGUGACCACUCUAGCCCACAGUCAGCAUGGCCGGCAGUAUUUGGCUCAACAGGGUAUAAUGGACAAGAUCUCCAACAUGAUCAGAGGAGCAGAGACUGACCCGUUCUCUUCCCUCUACCUUCCUGGUAAGUCUAAGGAGAAAAGUGCUCCAAGAAAAAUCGGAAGUACAGAAGAUCUGGUCUUUUUCAUGCUGCUACAGCCAGCUCUGUCUUAAUUUACUUAACACUACUGCUCUCUGUUUGAAUCUAAAGGAGUUUGUUAAACUGUUUUUUUAUGUUGAAAGAUCUGAUCAGCGUCAUCAUUAGAGAAAGUAUCCAUCCUUGAAAGUUUAAAUCUUACCUCUCCAGGUUUGGUGAAGUUCUUUGGAAAUCUGGCCAUCAUGGACAGCCCACAGCAGGUUUGUGAAACCUACCCGGCCUUCCUGAACAAGGUGUUUGAGAUGGCAAUGGACCCGGACCCUGCGAUGAUCGGUGUGGCUCUCGACACUUUGGGAUUACUCGGAACUACCGUUGAGGGGAAGCAGGUCCUCCAGAAAACAGGUUAGCUUCUUACGGAUGAGAGCAAUCAAACAUGACUUCCAUGCAGGCCAUGUAAAUGAAUGAUCUGAAACCACUUUUUUGAAGAGCGAUCAGCAACAUAAGAUAAAGUUGAAGGGUUUAUGUGAGUGUCUCCUCAAUCUGACUCCAUCAAAGUGGACAGAUGAGCCCAUCUUCUCGUGACCGGAGGUGUUUUAAACUGAUAUUAAGUCUUAAUUAUCAGGAGACGUCACAGUCAUUGCAUCGACAGAAGAGACAUACUGUAGGACCUCUCUUGCUGUCCCUCUUUGCAGAGCAGGUUUCAGGUGCUGCAGGAUUUUUUGGCAUAAAUAGGAAGGGAGCAAAUACAGAUUGGUCUAAAUUAUUGACGUUAUACCACUGUUGCCAAAAGUACACUCUGUCUUCUUUGCUGGGUAUCGUCUAUGUGCGGGAAACACCGGGUUUUGUAGUGUUACCUGAAGUCUAUAUCAUACGUCUUAGUAUUGUUUUCUUCGACUAGGACCUGAUGCAUUAUUUUGUUCUCUCCCACACCAACAUGUCUUAGAACAACAUAUAAACUUGACAUGUAAACCCCCCCUGUUUCUUUCGUGAUUUAUCUUGUGACUUGGAGUUUGUUCUCCUUGAUUUCUGUGUGACUGUAGGAGAAAAGUUCAAGUCUGUGCUGUCCAGAAUGAGUCAGCUGGCCAGCUCAGGAGCGACAGAGCUCAGAGUGCGCAGCUUAGACGCCAUAGCACAACUCCUCACUCUACAGGUAGCGUACACACAUUAUUUUUGAUGCUGCUUCUUGUAAAAAAAUGAUUAAAGUUUAUGACUCUGUGGUGUUUGAUUGCAGCCAGAACAGCAGACAGAAGACCUUUUGGCCCUGACAGAGUCCUGGUUCCAGCUUUUGUCUAAACAGCCCAUGGAUAUGAUUCGCAACAUCAGCACCCAGCCAUUUCCAGAACUGCACUGUGGAGCUUUGAGGAUAUUCACUGUGAGUGCUCAGCUGUUACUAACCGCCGUAAUCGCUCCCUGUGGUAGAGAUGGUUGAAUUUCCUUUUAAAUAACAGCACUGUAAACAUUUCAUGCUCUUUGCCCAUAAUUACAACGAGCAAAAUGUCACAAGUAACGCUGUAGUAUCUCUAGUGUUGACAUCAGCUGAUAUCUGUGUGUGUUUCCCAGGCCGUCGCCGCUCAGCCGUGGGGUCAGAGGUUAAUGAUCAGCACUCCGGGCUUCGUGGAGUUUGUUCUGGAUCGUUCCACGGGUCAGACGAAGGAGGCCAAGGAUGCCAAGUUCGACCUGGUGGGCUCACUCGUGUGUUCAUCCACAGCCGCAGAGAUUCUGGGCAGCCAGCACUACAUCCGCCUAAAGACGUAUCUGAGAGAGGGACCGUACUACGUUUCAGCGGUGGCCUCAGUCAGCACAGAGGGAGCAGAAUAAGGAAACACACACGCACACACACACUUCUUUGGUUUCUGGUAAAUGCCUGAAUAAUCUGGGUUUACAUACAGGACUUUAAUAAACAGACUCUCUAAAGAAGUACAUAAUUUGUUCUUAAAAAUCAGGCUGUGGUGUUGACAAGAAUACAACUGUUACUACUGACAACACACUUAAACAGUUUACCACAUCAAGAAGCAGAUGCCUGUUCAAGAAUAGGUUAAGAAGAUAACAGUAAUUUAUUUUUAAUACUUGCUGGGUUAAAUUGGUUCAUUCCAACUCUUCAUUCUCUCUCUCUCUCAGAGUAUUUGUAAGACUUUUAUUUUCUUUCAGGGUGAAUCUGGUAUUGUAUUUUGGUAACACCUCUCACUGAUGGCAAGUUUUGGCGGUACUAACCAAAGUCUUUGAAAGCUGUUAAUCAAAGCGGCUAAUUUUAUUUUGUUUUAAAAGUUUGAAGUCUGUUUGGACCAACUUUAUUUUCGCCAAACAGGAUUGGGGGAAAAGCAAGAAGAGCGACACAAAAAGUUUGAAAAUGAAAGAGUGAAGGGUUGAAAUACAGUCAUACCAUUUGUAGGUGGUAUUUGUAGUUUAUUUAGGGGCACCCAAGUUCAGUUAGUUUCUCUGAAGGCCUACUGUGAAGGCUUUAGAAAGGUUUUAUAAUGUCAUUAAGGUAAUCUUAGUUUAAAAGAGAAAUUUUCGCACAGACAACCUGAGUUAUAAGCUAAGGUUUGUGGCCUGAAAGUUUUACAAAAUAACAGAAAAGUUCUUGCUGCAUUAUGGGAAAUGUAGGACAUGUGUCUUUUCUUGCUUCAGUUUUCGCAUAUGACACUCCUGAUAAAGUUCUCUAAAGAUGAACAUUCAGAAUUGACGUGUGUGCCGAUGAUUCACACAAAUCAAACCUGGUGCAAAAGUUGACCAGCAGAAUAAGAGUUAGACGUUUGCCAACUCCAGUAUAUCUCCACUUUGUUGUUAAAACAGAUACUUUAACUCAUUUUUAUUAAACUUGGUUCUCAAGUAUUAAUCUAACCAGCCUUUAAGAGGUCCUUUAAAUGUUCAUCAAAGCACUUACACAUCUAACUUAAUAACACGAUACAGAGAUCUGAAACAAACUCAACCAACACCAUCACUUCAUAAAUCCAACACCUGCUUUGAAUUUCAUUUUGGUUCAAUUUGCUUUUGUGUCAAAAGUUUUUUUGUUUACUUAAGGAACAAAAAGGAAAUAAUUUUUUGUAAUUAAAGAGAUUGCACUCUGA